GCUGCCGCCGACAGUUAGACUGAGCGCAGCAGUGUGCUCAUUAACAGAUCCGAUUGAGGAUAAGGGUGGGCAGGUUAAUGGCUGGGUAAGUUUAGGCUGUAUGUGAUAACUGUAUAUAUUUUUAGAAAUCUUUACACUUGGUUUAAAAAACAUUAGUUCUUUUGUCUUAUAAACCAAGAAUGAUGUCAAAUUCAACUUUAUCAUCUUUAUCUUAUUUUAUUCUUGGAGCUUAUUUGAACAUUGGAAACUUAAGAUACUUUUAUUUUAUGAUAACUGCUUUUAUUUACAUUGUUAUUGUUGUUGUCAACACAUCUCUCAUUGUGAUUAUCUGUAUGAACAGAAGCUUACAUGAACCUAUGUACAUAUUUCUGUGCAGCCUGUUUGUAAAUGAACUGUAUGGUAGUACAGGGUUGUUUCCAAUGCUUCUGAUUCAGAUUCUCUCUGACAUUCACACUGUUUCUACUUCAUUUUGUUUCCUGCAGAUCUUCUGUGUGUAUACUUAUGGAAGUGUAGAGUUUUUAAAUUUAGCGGUCAUGUCUUUUGACAGGUAUCUCGCUAUCUGUUGUCCUCUGCAGUAUCACACACGUAUGACAUUUAACAAGGCAGUUGUCUUUAUUGCUGUAAUAUGGUUGUACUCUUUUAUCAAAUUCUUGAUUACUUUAUCUUUAAACAUCCGUUUGCCGCUUUGUGGAAACUUCAUAAACAGUUUGUAUUGUCAUAACUACCUUGUUGUUAAGUUGGCAUGUUCAGACACCAAAGUGAACAACAUUUAUGGACUUUUUGGUAUUGUCCUCACUGUCUUAGUCCCUCUGCUCCCAAUCCUUUUCUCUUAUAUGAAAAUUCUCAAAAUCUGUUUUUCUGGUUCCAGACAGACCAGACAGAAAGCUGUCAGUACCUGCACACCUCACCUUGUUUCUCUGUUGAAUUUUUCUUUUGGGUGUGUCUUUGAAAUAGUUCAGAGUAGAUUUGAUAUGAGCAGUAUACCCAGUGUUCUGCGAAUCAUUCCAUCUCUGUAUUUUCUCAUCAUACAGCCGCUUUUGAAUCCUAUCAUGUAUGGACUGCAAAUGACUAAAAUACGAAAAACAUAUGAACAUCUAUUCUGUUAUAAGAUGUUGACUGGUCAGAGAGAUACUGUGUAAUUGCGACAAGAAAGUGUCAGUAAAUGAUUAAGAAUAUUUUACCUUCAAAUGUGAAAACUGAAUGGAAAAAAAUGUCUCUUUAUAUAAAUGUUACUGUGAAGUGCUGAUUAGAGUAUGUAAUAUAUUCCAUAUUCCAUACACAGGCCUGCUUUGACUGUCCAAUGAAGGAUUACUUUGCAUAAUCUAGAACUCUGUCCUAGGUUAUUUGCCAUCAGAGCUUAAACACACUGAAAGGCCAAAACCCCUCAGAAUGAAAGAACAUUAUGCCUAGUGCCAAUUUAAAGAUGAUCUAAUUCUUCUUAAAUCCUUGUUUACCAUUGUCAAGGUAUCAGAAUCAGAGGACAAUAUAUUUUAUUCAAUGAGAUGCUGUCACUGUUAAUUCUGUUGUUUUCCUUUUUGUGUUGUGUGCUUUCUUUUUGUUUCACUUUCUAUCAGCUUUGAUAGAGCAGUAGGCACCGCUCAACUUAGAUGUAAAUAUUCACGUGUCUGCAUAUAACCAGACUGAAAUAUUUCUUUUUUCUUUACUUCAUGCCCUUUUCAUGAUUCCUCUUUCAUUUGGCUUCUUAUAAAUUUAAUUAUUAUUAAAGGUCAGUUGUCAUGAAAGUGGGAUCUGACUGAUUUUGUGAGGACAUGUACAGUAAACUUUGGAUAACAGCAAUACUCAGGCUAAGGUGGAGGUGUGGGGACAGAAUCCUGUGUCAGGUAAAACAAACAAAGGAGACAAAGGAGGUCAGAACAGCAGAGGAGGAAGCUGAUAAACAGGUUUUCAACUAACAACCUCACAUCAGAGCAGAGAGGCCUUUAAAACAGCAGCAACCACCAGAGACCAUGUACAAGGAUCCUAUUUGUGGAUCACAAUCUUCCUGACUAACAAGAGGGAGCAGCUGAGGCUGGGAACAAUCACAUCCAGCACCAGGACAAUCUGCACUGGCACCCACCAGGGGCACAUGCUCUCCUUGCUGCUCUUCUUCCUCCACACAAAUGACUGCACCUCAACAGACCCAUCUGUCAAACUCCUGAAGUUUGCAGAUGACACAACGGCCAUUGGCCUCAUCCGGGACAGUGAUAGGGGGUUGAACAGCUGGUCCUCUGAUGUGGUCAGAACUACCUGGAGCUUCACACGCUCAGAACUGUUGAGUUUAGGAGGAGCCCCCCAUCACCAUACCUAAAAACACUGUGUCUGCUGUGGAACACUUCAGGUUUCAAGGAGUCCAACACAGACACCAUCAUCAAGAAGGCACAGCAGAGCAUGUACUUUCUGUUCCAGCUCAGGAAGCUCAACCUGCCUAAGGAGCUACUGAUCCGGUUCUACAUCGCCAUUAUUCAGUCUGUAGAUCCCUUACUGUCUGGUUUGGAUCAGGAACAGAAUCAGGACUGCAACCUGCCCUCCUUUCAGGACUUUUACAUGUGCAGAGUCAGGACCCUGGACCUGCUCCAACCUCUCCUCUGGGAGCCGCUCUAGAGCGCUGUAUGCCAAGACAACCAGACACAAGAACAGUUUUAGCAGAAGGCCAUCACUCUGAACAACAGUUAGUAUCAAUAAAAUUCUAAGACCAAAACAUCCACUGACUAGUUAUGAAUAUGUUUUAUAGUUUAAAUACAUAUCAUCAUCAUCAUCAUCAAAUAAAAAUCUGCUAUGCCGUA